AUGGGUGUAAAGCUUAUCUUCAUGCUUUGCCAUGAAAUGCUGGGUGCUAUCAAGGGAAAUAAUCUUGCAAACAGAACCUGCCGUGACGUAUGGACAGAGUACCAUGAUAUGGGUAUUGGGGGUGUCAAAGCAGUUGCAGAUUAUAAAGCUUAUACGGCUAGUUCGAUUUUGGAUCUACUUCACUUUGUUGCCUGGAAGAUGAUGAAGCGUGGUGAUGUCAUUUUUCGCAUGGGAUUGCAGAUGAUCUGGAUGAUAAAAAAUAUGACCAUUACAAAUAUUGGUCAUAUGCCUUGGAAACAAAAUGGUCUAGAUGAUAGGGAACAAAUAUAUCUCGUCUCUAUCUCCCUUGCUAUCCCCUUCCUAUUACCAAUGGCACCAGACAUGGAAAUGUUUUCAAUGUAUGGAGUUGGAAUCCCUACUGAGCGAGCGUAUGUCAACAAGUUUAGUCCUGCAGCUGAAUGCUAUAACCUUUUCAGAUUGAUACGACAGCUGAGGGUGGAGAUGAUGGCACUUGUUUGA